UCCUAUGCUGAUAAUUUGCGCUUAGAUUAACAAUUUCCACCCACCACCCACUCCAUAAGAAAACCUUUUUAACUUGUAAGCGUACGCUUCAUGACACGAUGGCAUCGGCGUAAUUAACGCCAAAACCAGAUGCAAAAAAAAAAACAUUCCCCCUUCCCUCUACGGGUAUAUCCCUUCCCGUCCUGCUCCCACAAACAACCCAACCCGACCUCCCUUUCACCCAAACCGCCGGAGCAAACAAUGGAGAAACGCCUCUCCAACCCCCUCCUCCUCCUCCUUCUCCUCCUCUCCCAAUCCGCCUGCCCAAACGCAUUCAUCGAUCACCCUUCCACCUACAUCAUCCAUGUCUCCCCUUCCCUCCAACCCUCAACUUCCCCCACCCCAUUUCACUGGUACUCCUGCACCCUUCGUUCCCUCCCCCGCCACCUCCGCCGCCCCAUCGGCCGCAUUAUUUACACCUACGAUCACGUCGCAGUCGGCUUCGCCGCUCGCCUCACCGGCACACAGGCCGCCGCCCUCCGCCUACUUCCCCAUAUCCUCGCCGUCAUCCCCGACAGACCCCGCUUCCUCCACACCACCCACACUCCCUCCUUUCUCCACCUCACACCUUCCUCUGGCCUCUGGCCCCAAUCCUCCUUCGCUUCAUCCGUCGUCGUUGCUGUAUUAGACACCGGCAUCUUCCCCUACUCUCGCUCCUUCGUUGACCCCAAUAUAUCCUCUCCUCCUUCCACCUUCCAUGCCUCCUGCGAUUUUCUCAACUCCUCCGCCUCCGGUCCCUGCAGCAACAAGCUCGUCGGCGCUAAGCUCUUCUACAAGGGAUAUGAGGCCGCUCUUGGCCAUUCCAUCGACGAGACCCGGGAAUCAAAAUCACCAUUGGACACCGAAGGACAUGGCACCCACACAGCCUCCACCGCAGCAGGUGCAGCCGUCUCCGGUGCUGGUUUCCUCGGCUACGCCGAGGGCGAAGCCCGAGGGAUCGCCACUGAAGCCCACAUCUCCGCCUACAAGAUCUGUUGGAUUGCCGGCUGCUUUGACUCCGACAUCCUUGCCGCCAUGGAUGCGGCCGUUGCAGACGGAGCCAACGUCAUCUCCCUCUCCGUCGGCUCUAAUGGCUAUCCUCCAGCCUACUACCGAGACUCCAUCGCCAUCGGUGCGUUUGGCGCGGCCCGCCAUGGAGUAAUCGUGUCCUGCUCCGCAGGGAACUCCGGGCCUGAUCCUUGGGCUUCCACCGUUGACCGUGAGUUUCCGGCUGAUGUUGUUCUCGGCGAUGGGAGCCUUUACAAUGGUGUUUCCCUUUACGCUGGAUCCGACAAUGUCACCGCUGCCGACCUACCUUUGGUCUAUGGAGGUGAUGCCGGUUCUCGCUUAUGCGUCUCCGGACUUCUCAAUUCCUCCAUUGUCGUCGGCAAGAUCGUUCUCUGCGAUCGCGGUGGGAACGCCAGGGUUGACAAGGGAAGUGCCGUGAAGCUCGCUGGCGGAGUCGGCAUGAUUCUUGCAAACACAAAGGAGAAUGGAGAGGAGCUAAUCGCUGACCCGCAUUUGAUUCCGGCGACCAUGGUCGGCGAAGCAGCCGGUGACAAGAUCCGCGCCUACAUCAGCUCGGCCUCCACUCCGUCCGCUACCAUUGUCUUCAGGGGAACCGUAAUUGGCGACGAUCCACCGGCACCGAAAGUGGCGGCUUUCUCUAGCCGGGGACCCAACUAUCGCACGCCGGAGAUCCUGAAACCGGAUGUGAUCGCUCCAGGCGUCAACAUCCUCGCCGCCUGGACGGGAGCCGCGAGCCCGACGGACCUAGACAACGACCCGAGAAGGGUCGAUUUCAACAUCAUCUCCGGCACUUCAAUGGCUUGCCCUCAUGUCAGCGGGAUCGCAGCGCUCCUACGCGGGGCUUAUCCAGAUUGGAGCCCGGCGGCUAUAAAGUCCGCCAUCAUGACCACUGCUUACAACCUCGACAACAUCGGCCAGAUCAUCAAGGAUCUCGCUACAGGCAAGGAGUCAACCCCUUUCAUCCGCGGCGCUGGCCAUGUGGACCCUAACAAGGCCCUCGAUCCGGGAUUGGUUUAUGAUGCCGGCAUUGAUGACUACCUCGCCUUCCUUUGCUCUGUCAACUACACGGCUGAACAAAUAUCAGUCUUUACCAGGGACGGGAGCAGCGUCAAUUGCUCCUCAAAGCCAUUGACGAGUCCCGGAGAACUCAACUAUCCGUCAUUCUCUGUAGUCUUCCCUGCGUCAACAGACGCGGUCACUUAUAGAAGAACGGUGAAGAACGUUGGUGGGUCGGGAUGCGGGGAUUCCGGCUGCAAGGUGUAUGAUGUAGAGAUCUCCAGUCCGCCGGGCGUAAACGUGACGGUUACGCCAAGCAAGCUGGUGUUCGAUUCUAUAGACCAGAGCUUAACCUACGAGAUCACAUUUGCUUCGAUUACUGGCACGGUGAUGGCUGCUGCGACUUCACAACAGUUUGGUUGGAUUUCUUGGAGUGAUGGAGUUCAUGAGGUGAGGAGCCCCAUUGCCGUUACUUGGCGCCAGAGCCAUGUUUCUUCCAUGUAAACCCCGCUUAAGACAGAUGAAAUUUUAUAGAUUUUUAUGUCUGAAUAAAAAAGGAAGUGAUUAAGAGUUCAAUCGGAGAGCUACGCACGAACGUUAUUGGAUAGCUUUGAUUCAAGAAUUUGAAUAAUCUUUUGUUUUUCUUGCUUCCAUUUAUGAGGUGGGAGAGCAGAACAAUUAAUUGCCACUAGAAGAAUCAGGUCAUGGAAAUAGACGAGAAAGUUUCUGCUUGUAGAAAUAGAACUGAGAAGCAAUGGAAGACUCCUAAAGCAUAUGCUUCAUGAAAUAUUUUGUAGUGUAUAGUAUGAAUGAAAUUUCAAGCUGUUGUUCGCCUUUCAAAUUGCAGCCCAUUUGAUCUUCUGUGUUUACUUUAGUUAACCAAUAAAGGGAAUGUGAGAAAAGCAAAGGGUGCUAG